AUGAUCGUAAGGACCUCCUUGGUUUUUGUGGUUUCUCGCUUAGUGCUGUAUGGACUGAUCUUCUUGGCACCGGAAGGUCAAUUUGACACAUCCACUGAACUAACAUUGAACAGAUUAGUGGCUGAUGGAAGUGAAGAUUAUUGGAAUCGUCAUCUUUGGAACAAACUGCUCUCGUGGGAUGCCGUAUUCUUUAUCAAGGGUAUGACAUCGGAGGAUGGCAUCCCAGAGUUUGAACAUGAAUACGCGUUCUCUCCAUUGUGGAUCAGAUUUGUUAGACUUUGUGCGGGAAAUAAUGAACUUUAUGACGUGCUGAAAGUUGGUGUGCUGUUGGAGAACGUCUUGUUUUUCCUUUCUAGCAUCGUUCUUUAUUAUUUGACCAGAAGACUCUUUUCACAGAGUAAUAGGGAAUCCUUCUACGCUAAGAGAUUAGCUGGAAUAUCGACGGAUUUAUUUAUAUUCACUAGUGCUUCAGGGUUUCUCACUGGGAUUUAUUCCGAACCGCUUUCCUUUGCAUUGGCAUUCUCCGGUAUGCUCUGCCGUGAGUUGUCCGUUGAGGUUACAAUCCCAAGUGGGCUCGAUUGUAUGUGGUCCAAGUGGCCACUUUAUAUUUUGUCCUCAAUGUGCUUCAGUUUUGCGACACUGAAUAGACCAAAUUGCGUUCUGCUGGGUAUUUAUUACAUUUUUGAUUUACUACAGUUGGCGAAAGACAAAAAAGUCUUAAAGGCAGUUGCAUUCCCACUACUGGCUGGAGUUUUCCUGUUCAUCUGUUGUGUUUAUCAGCAUUAUAUCUUGCCUUUUGAUACUUUUUGCCCGCAGAGAGGCGGUUGGUGUGAAACGCAGUUAUCUGCUAGCCUUCCAUUCACAUCUGUGAAUUUUUACAAUCACAUACAAGAUCAUUAUUGGAAUGUUGGGUUUUUGAAAUAUUGGGCAAUUAAUAACAUCCCAAAUUUUCUGCUUGCCAUGCCAAAUAUCGUGGUUCUUCUCUACUCAACGAUAUAUUUCUCGAAGAUUUAUCCCCACUAUAGAUUGAAACCGCUUAUCAUUAUUACACAGGCCUUAUUAAUCAUGCUAAUCUUCUUUGCACAUGUCCAGAUCAUAAAUAGAGUUUCGUCAUUCAUCCCUCUUCACCUCUGGUACAUGGCUGAUAGAAUAUUGAAGACAUCAUACAAACAAGAUGAUACGCGUCCUAUAGGUGAUGACAAAAUUGUCAAAGCAUAUAUCUACUGGUUAGCAUUGUGGAUUCCUUUGCAGACAGUGCUGUUUGCAUGUUUUUUACCUCCAGCAUAA